AUGAAUGUCUGGAUUGGUGAUAAUUUAUUUAUAAUGUGAUUGAGAGUACACCGAUAAAGUAAAUUAAUGUUAUUAUUAAAUAAAGUUAUUGCAUUAUGUUUGACAAACACAAAUUUAUACUAAAGGGAUCGACUUAGUCAUCGGCUCUUUCUAACCUAGCUUUAAUAGAAGGAUAAUAAUAAUAAUAUUGGAAGUCAUCCCAAUAUAAUUAUAAAUGGGCCGGAAUUUAGACCAUCAUAAUGUGUUGCAUCUUUACAUGUUGUGGUUGGAUGAUUGAUCUGUUACAAAGGUUAUGGACUUUCACGAUGUCUUGCUGCAUCAGCUCGGCUGUUUGCUGCGUCAUAAUCACCGCCUCGCUUUCCGGCGUAGCUUUAGGAUACAAUUACUCGCUAGCUGAAUACAUCGACUUGAAAGAGACGAAUGUGUCUGUAUAUCUGAAACGAGGUGUGUUCGAUGACGAGAUCGCGGAUGAUAUGGAUUGGAGACGAAGUGGUCAUAUGCCUGUGGCUGGCCAUAUCGGCGAAGCUAAUCUUAGAACCGGAGCUCCAGAAGAUGAGGAGGCUACAUUACCGUCUGGUCGAAGACUAGAUGAUUCAGUAUUUCAGUCCGACGAGCAGAACAGGUACGAAGGGUCUUUGAUGAAAUUGACCGCAAGGGCUCCCGACCCGAGCACUACAACAGACGGUUUUACGGAAGAUCCAAUGAUGGCCGAGAUAAUUGAAAAAUAUCCAAAAGGUUCCCUCGAUCAGAUAAAAGCAAUCCACAGUCUCAUGAAUAUGAGGAAAUUUAACAAUCCGCAGCACACUACCGUAAAAUAUUUAACAACUACGACAAAUAAUUAUGACGAAAGAUUUGCAGCACCGUAUGGUCCUGGCUUUCUUGAAGGUGCUCCACAUCCGAAUCCUAUAGCUGGGCAACGUAGACUGAUGGAUGGGCCUGACGCGCUUCAUCACAUGAAUAUUAACCCAGCCAGAUUCGCUGUCCCUGAUCAAAAUAUCGGCUCUAGAAGCAAUUGGUACUACCCAAAAGUUUCAAAGAAACUCCCGUUUGACUACUACGAUUUACACGUCAACUAUAAUACAAAAUAUCAAUAUCCAGCGCCUUUCACAUUUAGAACAGGUCCAAAAAGACCAACCCGGCCAUCAACUAGACCAACACCAUCACUAACUACUAUGAAAUCAACGAGGAGAACAGCGGAUGAUUCCAAUUUUAUGAAAACCAGCAUCACUUAUCUACCGGAGAAAUUAAAGGAAGAUAUUUUAAACAAUUUUGUUUUACCAAGCUAUACGAACAAAGAUAUUAUGAAUUCCAAUAAAGAAAAGAAUAAAUCGGAUGAAGACUACGAGGAAGAUGCAAAGGGUUUCCCAGUUAGAAAGAAGAGAGACAACUCUAAAACUGACAUUUCUAAUUUGUCCAAAGUCAACGGUACUACAUCUCCAUCAACGAAACUACAGGAAACUAUAACAACUCUGUUUGGUGGAAAACGAAAAGAAAAGCUUCUUUCAACUAUAUUUGCAGAUAAAUUGCUGAAUGUACAGCUGAACUUAAGAACAAAUAAAAAAUUUGACUUAGAAAUGUAUAAUUAUAAAAAUAUAAAUGACAAUCAUUCAGUUUCAAAGAGAAAAGACGUAUUGUUGAAAUUGUAAGUUCAAUAAAAUCUACGCCUAUGCCU